CCGGGCACAGCCGAGGCCCCGCCCCCUCCAGGCCCCGCCCCCGGCGCGCAGCGAGCGGACCCGCGGAGCUCGGCCCGGCCGCACCAAGGCGGCCGCAGCCUGCGGGACACCAUGUCCCACGAGAAGAGUUUCCUGGUGACGAGCGAUGGCUUCGCGGGGCAGCAGCAGCCGGCGGCCCCCCCAGCCUACCCUCAGCCCCCCUACCCCGUGGCCCCGUACCCCCAGCCGCAGUUCGCCCCCGCGCCCUACCCGCAGCCGGGCUUCACGCAGGGGCCGGGGCCGUACCCGCCACCGGGGCCGUACCCCCCUGCCGGGCCGUACCCCCCCGGGCCGUACCCCCCGCCCGGGCCCUACCCACAGGGCCCCUACGCGCAGCCGCCCUAUGCCCAGCCCCAGCCCAUGGUCCCUGGUGACCAGGACUCCCCCCUGCACAGCACCUACCACGAGGAUGGGCCCCCCUCCUACUAUGACAACCAGGACUUCCCGUCGGCGCACUGGGACGACAAGAGCAUCCGGCAGGCCUUCAUCCGCAAGGUGUUCCUGGUGCUCACGCUGCAGCUGACCGUCACCUUCGCCUUCGUGACCGUCUUCACCUUCGUCAAAGGCGUGCGGGGCUUCGUGCAGCGCAAUGUGUGGACGUACUACGUGUCCUACGCCGUGUUCUUCAUCUCCCUCAUCGUCCUCAGCUGCUGCGGCGACUUCCGCCGCAAGCACCCCUGGAACCUCGUGUCCCUGUCCAUCCUGACUGUCAGCCUGUCCUACAUGGUGGGGAUGAUCGCCAGCUUCUAUGACACCGAGGCUGUCAUCAUGGCCGUCGGCAUCACCGUCGUCGUCUGCUUCACCGUCGUCAUCUUCUCCCUGCAGACCAAGUACGACUUCACCUCGUGCCGGGGUGUCCUCAUCAUCUGCCUCGUCGUGCUCAUCCUCUUCUCCAUCCUGUGCAUCUUCAUCCGGAACCGCAUCGUGGACAUCGUCUACGCCUCGCUGGGGGCCCUGCUCUUCACCUGCUUCCUGGCAGUGGACACGCAGCUGAUCCUGGGGAACAAGCAGCUGGCGCUGAGCCCCGAGGAGUACAUCUUCGCCGCGCUCAACCUCUACACCGACAUCAUCAACAUCUUCCUCUACAUCCUCGCCAUCAUCGGCAGGGCCAAGGAGUAGCCCCCCCCCGCCGCUCCCCGCGGCCCCCCGGUCAGGAUCCCCUCCCCGUAGCCGGUUUUGUUGCCGUUCUCAUCGCGUUCCUCGGCGGUUCCCCGUGGCCCCGGUUCCUGCCCCGCGGGGGCUCGCUGGGACGGGGCUGCCACGGCCCCCCCCAGCCCCCUGCCCCUCCCUGCUGUGAAUACGGUUUCCUCCCCUCCCCUUGCGUUGAACGCGGACUGGAAGCACUUUGGAACCCCCUCCGUCCUGUCCCGUCCCCACCCCUCCCCAUCACCCCCGUCACCCCUCUGGCCGCGCAGGCGGGGGCAGUGCCGGCAGCACUCCAGACCCCCCGAGCCACUGUCCCUGCCCGUCCCCACCCCCAGACACCCCCCGAGCCACCGUUCCCACACGGACGUACCGCCAGAACCCCUCGGACCACUGUCCCUGUCAGUCCCCAGACCCCCUGAGCCUGUGGCACCCUCAGACCCUCCUGCUCUGAGCCACUGUCCUCACAUGGAGGCACCCCCAGACCCCCCCAAGCCACCAGCCCUGCCCAUUCCCGGACAUCUCCAGCCACCUGCCUGUCCCCACCCCCUGACCCCCGUGGCACCUCCAGACCCCCCUGUCCCCUCCCCGCGUGGCCAAGGCCCCGUCCUGGUCCUGCUGUUAAUAAAUUGUCUUGUUCAUCUC